AUGUCCAUUGAUAUGAGUAGUGCGAGCCCUGCUGAAGAUAGAAUUAGCAGGUUGCCUUGUGAUAUUCUUGAGAAGAUUUUAGGAUGCCUGCCCUUGCGUGAUGCUAUAAGGACAAGUGUUUUGUCAAAACAAUGGAGUUACAAAUGGGUUGUACGUUCAGAAUUAGCUUUUGACAAAGCUAAUGUCCAUAGAGGACUCUUGAAAACAAUUAUUUACCAGUAUCUAAGGCAUCUGAAACUUUGCAGAUGUAAAUUCUACCCUCCUCCCAACUAUAGAGCUUUUAGUACGCUUGCUACCCUUAACUUUUGGUUUGUGACCUUCGAGCCCACGUCAUUUCAGACCCUCCUUUCAAAUAGCCCAUUACUUGAACGUGUGACUUUGAUUUGCUGCACUCCAUUUGAUAGCUUGAUUGUUGAUGCCCCUAGUCUCAAAUUCUUUGAAUUUAGCGGAAGAGCAAAUUCCAUUUUCUUCAUGAAAACCCCUCUGCUUAAGCAAAUUGUAUUGGACCUGCUUUUUAAGAAGUCCUUUGCAGUACCAGAGUCUCAAGUGACACUACACAACAUCAAAAUUUUAAAGUUUAAGAGAUUGAUCCUUGAUAAAGUUGAGUGGGUUGCAUAUGCUCUUUACUUGAUCAACCGCUGCCCCAACUUAGAAAGGCUCCAAAUUACGUCUUUUGGCCUUGACGAUCCUGUGCUACAUAUCUUGCGAUCCCAAGAAAUGCCACAUAGUCCACUAACGCAGCUCAAAAGUGUGGAUAUGAUCCUCAUGCAGGAUAAUAAAGCUGAAAUGGAAUUCUUGAAGUAUGUAUUGUCAUCUGCAAGUGCACUCGAGAAAGUAUGUGUUGUGACUCGUGAAAGAUUGAGUCAUAGGCGAAUGGCAAUGAUGGAGGAGAUGAAGCAAUUCCCUCGAGCAUCACCCAAUGUAGAAUGUCUAUACAAAGUGGAUUUUCCGUUUAAAAAUUAGAAUGAUAUGAACUUAAAUACCAGGUUUUUGUCUAUGGUAGUAUUCUAACCUGUGACUUAACCAUACACCAAGCCCCGCGCUCUUAUCACUGGACCAAAUCCCUGAGGGCAAAAUUCCCCAAUUUUAUUGGAACCUUUUUUUCUUCAAAAAAAAAAAAAAAAAAAAAAUUUAUUAGAUAUGGGGUAGGAGAAGGGGAAAUGGGGGAGGAGAUUACAACAUGGGAACCUAUUUCUGCUUACCGAUGUAUUAAUUUUGUGUGGUUCCUUUGCUGUAUAUUCAGAAAACAACCACAACCACAGAAAGUUGUUUUUGCCUUCUUGCUCUAACAAUUUUUAGGUUUACAAGGGUGGCCAUUCUUAUUUUCUCUAAUGCUUGUAUUGAUGCAUUACGUGCUUAUUUUACCUAAGAUCAACUUG